GCGCGUUCAUGCAAACUCCCACAUACACACACGCACUUAUCGACACACAUAUCCGAAAAAAGCUAAAAGGAAAAACACAAUGAAAUUAGCAAAACAAUUACGGUUUUUUUUUUGGAAAAACGAAACGAAAAUUAAGUGAAAAUCAACACAAAAAGUGUAUUUUAAGCGGAAAAUUCGUAUCAUUGGCCAGAUAAAAUUGAACUUCGGUCGAAGGAGGACCUUCUUACGGGUGUGGAAAAAUAAACUGAACUGAAAUUAUUGAUACGGAUAAAAUAACGGAAUAAAAAAACAACAAGUGGAAAUUUAUAUGUUUAUCUAAGUGGAAAAGUAAAUAAAUAAAAAAAUGAACAUUCACAUAAACAGCGUUAUAAAAUAAAAAAAUCACUUCCUAAAAACAAAAUGAUGGACCCUUUAUCAGAAACCACAAAUGAUGAUAACGGCAUAACUACAACUUCCGCAACAGUGCUCUAUGGAAUCAUGAAUACCACGGCAAUGCUAACACCAAACCAAACCAGUGAUCCAGAUCUUUUCGACGACAUCUUCUAUCAACAACACACAUCAAUGGAAUACGAUUUGAUAGCCGAAUUUGGUCCGAAACGUGAUCCGCUGCAGGUCGUCAUACCUCUGACAAUAAUCUAUGGCUUGAUUUUUGUGACAGGUGUCAUUGGUAACAUUAGCACCUGUAUUGUUAUCAAAAAGAAUCGCUCCAUGCACACGGCAACCAAUUAUUAUCUCUUCAGUUUGGCUAUUUCGGAUUUUUUGCUGCUCAUCUCUGGAGUGCCACAGGAGAUUUAUUUAACUUGGUCAAAAUAUCCCUAUGUUUUUGGGGAGUACUUUUGUGUGGGUCGUGGUAUUUUGGCUGAGACAUCAGCUAAUGCUACGGUGUUGACAAUCACAGCAUUCACCGUGGAACGUUAUGUGGCCAUUUGCCAUCCCUUCCUAAGUCAAGCCAUUUCAAAGCUCAGCCGUGCCAUUCGUAUUAUUGUACUCAUCUGGAUCCUCUCCAUUCUAACUGCCAUACCCCAAGCUCUACAAUUCGGCAUAAUUUCCAUUGGUGGCAUUGAGAAGUGUGUUGUCGUCCGUAUUAUACUACAGCAUUCGUUCCAAUUGUCGACCUACAUCUUCUUCUUUGCUCCGAUGUCCAUCAUAUUUGUACUCUAUCUGCUGAUUGGCCUACAUUUGUAUCGUUCUAAUGUGAUUGGUGGCGGAGCGUUGGGCAACAACGGCAGCAUGGAAGGUGAGGGAAAUUUCCGUAACAAGGACACGAUGAUGAAACGAUUUCGUCGUGAUCUGUCACAUGAUUUGAGCGAUCCUUCGACAACACCACGGGGACGCGGCCGUUUCGGUAUGAAAAGUGUCCAAAGUGAUACGAUUUUGUAUCGUUACUCGGGUGGCGCCCAAGUUAGUGCUGUCCGUGGACGCAUGAAUCAAUUCGGAACGAAGAGGGUGUUGAAAAUGUUGGUGGCAGUUGUAAUUUGCUUCUUUUUAUGUUGGGCACCAUUCCAUGCUCAACGGUUAAUUGCUGUCUAUGGUCCGGGUGUAAUAGCUGAUGGCGGUGGGUCCUCCGCACAUGGUUCGGAUAUUAAGGGCGACAUUAACGAUGCUGAUGUGGAAUUACUAAAUGGCAUAUCGACAAUUGGGGAUGCUGAUGAUGUGCGAGACAGUCUCAGGAGCAGCAGUAACACCAAUAACAACAGCAACAACAACAAAGAUCAUCAUGAGGUCAUCUACACGGUGAUGACUUAUAUUUCGGGGGUGCUCUACUAUCUGUCGACGUGCAUUAACCCCUUGCUGUACAAUUUGAUGAGCAAUAAAUUUCGCCAGGCAUUUAAGUCAAUUCUAUUUGGCAAGAAAUCAACAACACAACGCAGAUCUCAAAAUUCUCAUCGCAGCAUCGGUCGUAAAACCACUUUGACUUCAUCGUCUGGGCCGAGAGAUUCCAUCGAAUCGGAACUGCAAUCGAAGGUGUCAUUAAUGCAGACUGUAAUGAAUGAUCGAAAAAUGAAUAAUGACGGAAUGAUUCCAUAAUUAGGUUUAAGUCUAUACAAUAUCUAUACAUAAAUAUUUAGAAUAAAUAAAAUAUAAGUUAAGCACA